UUUAUAUAUAUAUAAUUCUUGUUUUUUGUUUUAAUUCAUAUAAAAAUCCGGAAAAAAAAUAUUGAAACAAUAAAAAAAUACGAAAUUACGUCAAAAACUAUAUAAUAUUAUUCACGUGUGUUGUAGCAUCCGAUAUAGAACAACUGAGUCGUUUUGCUUCUGGAGGAUAUAGUGAUGAUUCGACAAUAGUGUAUUUACAACAUCCUUGUGUAAUAUUAACUGCUUUAGAAGUUCUUGGUUACAAAGUCGUAGCAUCUUCAAGUACUAGUGUUAAACAAGAUUAUAAUGAGUAUAUGUGGACUAUGAGAAAAGAUUUUUCUGAACCUGAACCCGAACCUGUUAUUAAGACAGGUAAAUCACUCAGGUAUUAAAUCUGUAUCUAUAUUAAACAUGGAGCAUAAUCAUAGUUAUAAUGAUCAUAAUAAAUGCUGCAAUGUAAGUACUAAUGUCAGUGUUUGUCAAUCUCUAAUGGAAAUGGAGUUUGAACGUGGUAUAUGGUAUGCUGCACAAUAUAAUGAUUUGGAUCGUGUAAAGACAUUAUUGAAGAAAGGUGUUUCUCCUAAUAUAGAAGAUUCAGCUGGAUAUACAGCAUUACAUUAUGCAGCUAGAAAUGGACACUAUAAAAUUUGUAAUAUGUUAUUAGAAAAUGAUGCAGCCGUGAAUGCACAAACACGCUGUGGUCGUGCCACUGCUUUACAUAGAGCAGCUAUGCAAGGUCACUGUAACAUUGUCGAACUUUUGUUAAAAUAUGAUGCAAAUCCUAAUUUAAAAGAUGCUGAUGAUUAUACCCCUUUACAUAAAGCACUUAUAGCACGCUCAACAUCAGUUUGUAAAUUAUUAAUACCAUGCACUAAUCUAUCAUUGUUGAAUAACAAUAUGCAGAGUAUAGAACAAUUGGUAAAUGAAAAAUUUCCUGACAUUUUACCAUUUUUAUUGACAUAUAUAAAUAAAGAAAAAAAUAAAUAAAUGAUAAAUAAAAAUAAUUUGAAGUCUCAAUUUUUAUAUAU